GAAAUAGGUGUUUAAAGAAGUUAUAAACAUGAAAUUCUUUGUAGUUUUUGUGGCCCUUUUGGCCUGUGUUGCCGCUUACGAAGUGGAACUGUUGACUGAAGACGAAUGGAAUCAAUUCAUCAAAGAUGAGACCAUGGAUCCCGAAACCAAGGGCUGGAUCUUGAACUCUCAAGCCAAAAAGGCCGUUAAGAACAUUGUCAAGCAAAUGCCCUGCGGUUGGCCCGAUCUUGGAAUUCCUCCACUGGCUCCCUAUACCAAUCCUGAUUUGGAAAUCCAUUUGGCCAAGGCAGCUGUUGAUUCUCUCAUUCAAAUGAUCCGCUUCCGUUUCGAUGGCUUGGAUGAUUUGCAAAUCAAAAAAUUGAAGGUCUCUUACGUUUUCAACAAGAAAGUCAAGUACCAUUUCAUCUUCAAGGAAUUGAAGGCUAAGGCCGGCAUUUUGAACACCGACACUUUCGCUGAUUUCAUGCAACAAUUAGGUUUGUCCGUUCGCUAUGAAGGUUCCGGUCCUAUGGAAUUCGCUUUGGAGAACUUGUCCCUCCAAGGUCAAUUCAAGUACAAGAUGCCCUUCAUCUUUGGUUCUAUUAAGAUUUACAAAUUCGAAUGCACCGUUGGCUUGGGAGGUGUUCGAUCCAACAUUGGUGGUAUCUUGGGCAAUGGCAAUAUCAAUGAAUUAAUCAAUGACGAAAUUGAAUAUAUGAUCCCCGCCUACAUUAAUGGUAACCAGGCUAAGAUCAGCAAGAUGAUUGAAGAAACUUUGGUGCCCCGUGUCAAUGCCAUGUUGAAGGGUAAGAAGAUCUGGAGUUUGUUGGGUAUGAUGGGCAGCUCAAGCAAUAAAUGUGAUCCCACUCCUGCCCCUUUCUUGGCCGAAACCUAAGUGAAAAGUACAUAAGAGGCAACAUUUUGUGUCGCAACUAGAGAAAUCAAAUAAAAUUCUGAGUAUGUAAACGAAUUAAAGAAUGUAUGGUGUUUUCUUUUCAAGGAAGAAAUAUAGAAAUUGUGAAAGAACUAAAAA